AAACCAGCUCAGUUGCUUUGCACCGGUCGUGGGGAGCGGACGUCUAUUUCAGCCAAAGCGAUAACUUUCCGUAACUUCAAGAUGCGCUGCGUGUUCGUGCUGUUAGCACUGGCUGGGGCUACGUUCGCGGCUACCGAGCCCGAAUUUAAGAUAGACGUAACAAGCCUUCCCGAAGAAUGCACGACCAAGUCCAAACAUGGCGACAUGCUGACCAUGCACUAUACCGGAACACUUGAAAACGGCCACAAGUUUGACGCGAGCUAUGACCGUGACCAACCGUUCACAUUCCAACUUGGCGUGGGUCAGGUGAUCAAGGGAUGGGACCAGGGAUUGACUGACAUGUGUGUCGGAGAAAAGCGUAAACUGACCAUCCCAUCGUCCCUCGGCUACGGCGAACGUGGGGCCGGUAACGUGAUCCCCCCUCACGCCACUCUCUACUUCGAAGUUGAGCUGAUCCACAUUGGCGAUUCCCCACCAACCACCAACGUGUUCAAGGAAAUUGACGGCGACAAGGAUAACAUGUUGUCCCGCGAAGAAGUGAGUAUAGAAUUAGCGUUUCAAGCAAUGGACUCUGACGGCGACAAAGAACUAUCGCGCGAGGAGGUAAGCGAAUACUUGAAGAAACAGAUGGUGCCCGCCGAUGGCGCGGAGAUGAGCGAGGAUAUCAAACAGAUGCUCGAGAGCCACGACAAGCUUGUUGAGGAGAUCUUCCAACACGAGGACAAGGACAAGAAUGGCUUCAUCAGCCAUGAAGAGUUCUCUGGACCAAAGCACGACGAGCUAUAAACAUUGUCGUUAGAAUUAGCCGCUUCCUUACUCAAUAUUAUUCUAAUUGGAUGCGGAAUAUAAGACUUUUAAUAAUAAUAAUCGAUUUUAAAAAUUCCAAUUUUUUUAAACAUUCGUUUUUAUAUAUAAUUUCGUUAUCAUUUUAUAAUUUAGUUAAUUAAAAAAAUUAGUACGUUUAUGUUAUUUUUAUACAGAUGUGUGUUUAAUAAAAAAAAUAUUUGUUGAUACGAUUGUACUUAGUUUCUCUAAGUUGUUGGUGUAUCUAUGAGUUCGUUAUAAUUUAGGUUAGAGUCUGUAUGUUUUUCUGAUUACAUUUAUACAUAUCUAUAAUAUACUAUGACUUAUUGGGAUAUAUAACCUUUAACGAUAUAAGCUGUUAAGCAUAAGUAUCUCAUUCAUCUGACUUUCGGAAUCUGUUUACAAUCUUAAUUCGUACCAAAACGUCUUUAUAAUAAAUCCAUUUAUCGGCGCCAUAUUGGAUUAAGUAAGACUGAAUCAAUAUUAUGUAACAUUAAGAUGGAUUGUCAAGUUGCCAAAAUCUCACUUCAAUGGAAUUAAUAUAAUAACAAUGCAUUUACUGAUCUGUAAUAAAAAUGUAUCGCUGGUUUAAAAUGCAUUUCAUGUAUGAAUUCAAUAAUCAAAUCAAAUUAAAAUCAUUACAGUAUAUCAAUAAACUUAUUGCCUAAAA